GGUGGGGUCCCUAGCAUGGCUCUAGGAUGGAGGAGUAGGGGCACUGUCUGCAGUGACCCGGCCCAGUGGGCCUUGGGGGGCCCAGGAGCAGAGGGUCGCAGGGCACAGACGCCCCAUCCCGUCCACCCCCCCGCCCCGCUGUCCCCAAUUGCACCUCUCUCUUCCUCUGUUGCCCCAAACAAGCUCCUUUCAGCCGCAUCUGGUGGAAAGCUGGGCGGCAGGGAAUUGGCAGAGGCUUCACUCACUCAUUCCUUCAUUCAUCCAUUCAUCCAAGAUGCUUACCGAGCUCCCAGCUGCUGGUGCCAAGGGGAUGCUGGGAUGAAGCCAAGCCCAGUGGAGCUCUUGACAGCAGAAUACAGGCUGUGCAAUGGGUCCGACAGGGAAUGUGUGUCCCCGACAGCCAAGGUCACCAAGAAGGAAGCUCUCAAGGCACAGAAGGAGAGCUACCGCCAGGAGAAGAAGCGCGCCACCAAGCAGCUGCUCAGCGCCCUGACAGACCCCAGCGUAGUCAUCAUGGCCGACAGCCUGAAGAUCCGCGGGACCCUGAAGAGUUGGACCAAACUGUGGUGCGUGCUGAAGCCGGGAGUGCUGCUCAUCUACAAGACGCCCACGGUGGGCCAGUGGGUGGGCACGGUCCUGCUGCCCUGCUGCGAGCUCAUCGAGAGGCCCUCGAAGAAGGACGGCUUCUGCUUCAAGCUCUUCCACCCACUGGACCAGUCCGUCUGGGCCGUGAAGGGCCCCAAAGGUGAGAGCGUGGGCUGCAUCACACAGCCCCUCCCCAGCAGCUACCUGAUCUUCAGGGCCGCCUCCGAGUCGGACGGCCGCUGCUGGCUGGACGCCCUGGAGCUGGCACUGCGCUGCUCCAGCCUCCUGCGACUCAGCACAUGUAGGCAGGGCCGCGACGGGGAGCCCGGGUCCUCGCCAGACGCAUCACCCUCCUCGCUCUGCGGGCUGCCCCCCUCGGCCACCGUCCACGACCAGGACCUGUUCCCACUGAACGGGUCCUCCCUGGAGAACGAUGCUUUCUCAGACAAGUCAGAGAGAGAGAACGCCGAGGACUCGGAUAAGGAGACCCAGGAAGGCAGGCGGAAGGCCGAGAGCGGGAGCGAGCAGCCGGAGGCCCCGGGGCGCCCCGUGCGCAGAGGGACCACGUACGUGGUACAGGAACACGAGGACCUGGGGGAGCUGGGCGAGGCAUCGCAGGUAGAGACGGUGUCUGAUGAGCACAAGAGUCUGAUGUGGGUCCUGCUGAAGCAGCUGCGGCCGGGCAUGGACCUGUCCCGCGUGGUGCUGCCUACCUUCAUCCUGGAGCCCCGCUCCUUCCUCAACAAGCUCUCCGACUACUACUACCACGCCGACCUGCUCUCCAGGGCUGCACUGGAGGAGGACGCCUACAGCCGGAUCAAGCUUGUGCUGCAAUGGUACCUGUCCGGCUUCUACAAGAAGCCCAAGGGGAUCAAGAAGCCCUACAACCCCAUUCUGGGGGAGACCUUCCGCUGCUGCUGGUUCCACCCCCAGAACCACAGCCACACCUUCUACAUAGCUGAGCAGGUGUCCCACCACCCACCCGUGUCCGCCUUCCACGUCAGCAACCGAAAGGACGGUUUCUGCAUCAGUGGAAGCAUCACAGCCAAGUCCCGGUUCUACGGGAACUCACUGUCAGCUCUGCUGGACGGCAAGGCCACCCUCACCUUCCUGAACCGGGUGGAGGAUUACACCCUUACCAUGCCCUACGCCCACUGCAAAGGCAUUCUCUACGGCACCAUGACCAUGGAGCUGGGCGGCAGAGUGACCGUUCAGUGUGAGAAAAACAACUUCCAGGCCGAGCUGGAAUUCAAGCUCAAGCCCUUCUUCGGGGGCAGCACGGGCAUCAACCAGAUCUCUGGGAAGAUCACGUCGGGCGAGGAGGUCCUGGCGCGGCUCACGGGACACUGGGACAGGGAAGUGUUCAUCAAGGAGGAGGGCAGAGGAGGCGCCGAGCUCUUCUGGAACCCGAGCGAGCAGGUCCGCAGGCAGCGGCUGAAGCGGCACACGGUGCCUUUGGAGGAGCAGACAGAGCUGGAGUCGGAGAGGCUCUGGCAGCACGUCACCAGGGCCAUCAGCGAGGGUGACCAGCACAAAGCCACACAGGAGAAGUUUGCCCUGGAGGAGGCACAGCGGCAGCAGGCCCGAGAGCGCCAGCAGAACCUGGUGCCCUGGACGCCGCAGCUGUUCCACCUGGACCCUGCCACCCAGGAGUGGCGCUACCGAUACGAGAACCACAGCCCCUGGGACCCCCUGAAGGACAUUGCCCAGUUUGAGCAAGACGGGGUCCUGCACACCCUGCAGCGGGAGACCAUGGCCCGCCAGACCACCUUCCUGGGCAGCCCGGGGCCCAGGCACCAGGGGUCUGGCCCCGACCGGCGGCUCCGCAAGGCCAGCGACCAGCCGUCUGGCCACAGCCAGGCCACCGAGAGCAGCGGCUCCACGCCCGAGUCCUGUCCAGAGCUCUCUGACGAGGAGGAGGACCGUGACUUCGCUCCCGGCUGCAAGAGCCCGUGCCCUCGGUGUGGGAAGGAGGCGUGGCGGCUGCAGUUGCUGCACGAGGGGAUCCUGUCCAUCCGGGAGGCCCAGCAGGAGCUACAUAGGCAUCUCUCGGCCGUGCUGAGCUCCACGGCACAGGCCAGGCAGGCACCGGCCCCGGGCCUCUUGCACAGUCCCCGCGCUUGGUUCCUGCUCUGCAUGUUCCUGGCGUGUCAGCUGCUCAUUAACUACAUCCUCAAAUAAGAGCCCUUUGGGGACGGUGUGGGCAUCGCCUGCAGAACUCGGACAGCCCCAGCCUCCCUCCCAGGCACCUCGCACUUUAAGCCAGCCCUGUGGAGGCAGAGACUCAGCGAGCACGGCCGCUGUGGACAGAGGGGCCUACGGCGGCACAGCAGGAGGAGGGACCUGCGGGGCCACACGGGGUCCUCCCGGGGAGGCGCUGGCCUUAAUGCUGAAGCCAAAUGCCACAUUCGUCGUGCACUGCACUCCCUGGUGACCUCGUCCCAUCAUCCCCGGUCAGCUUCAGGGGAUUGAUGGCGGAGAGGCAGGAGGGCCUGCAGGGCUCUGGAUGUUGUUCCCCAGCAGGGGUGAGUGGGGGGCUUUGAGGAGCAAGCCGGGACCCCAGGUCCUCCUUGGGCCUAGCACACAGGUCAUCCCUUCCUGAGACCCUGCCCACAUUGCCCUGGAGGGGCCACAGGUGGGCUGGGGGCGCCAGCUGGGCUGCUUUGGAGAAGGCGCUUGGGGCUUUAUUCUGCCUUUGUGCUGUUUGGACCGAGCCCAGUUCAUAUACCUACAGGACCCGCCCCACCUCCCUCAGCCAGGACGUGCCAAGCUGGGGCGGGCACAUGUGAGCACGGUGUGCCUGGGGACAGCAUCCCCGGCCCGGAGCCUGAGUUGGACACUUUGCUCAGAUUGAUGCACGGUCUUCUUCUCCCACACGUUUUUAAUAAACGCAAUCGCAAUAUUUUAGGCAGGCUGCGAACAGC